ACUAAAUUUACUACUUAAGGUGCGUCCAAUUUGUUGUGAUUACAAUAUAAAAGCCGUAACAUUCUGGAUUAUAGACAUUAAUGAGCAAAGCUUAAACUUAACAACAUGAAGUACCUAGUGAUUUUCGUCGCAGCCUUCGUCUGUGUACAAGCAGUACAAUUGCCAUACAUUACAGUAACGGGUUCGUUGGAAUCCAGUGAGGAGGAAUACAAAAUCCUAUUGCCCGCAACUGGGCAACAAUCACUCAACUUACCUGGAGUUGGUGUCGUCAGUCGUCCUGUUGUGCAAGCGGUCAAGGUGAAAGUGCCACGUUUCGUGACUCCUGAAAUCAAACAGCAAAUUAUCGCGCAAACACUAGCGGCUAGGGGUAUAAACCUGCAAAACUUGGGUGCUCAAACUCCGCCUUUGGGAGCAGUCAAAACGGCACCGGCAGCAGCUCCAGUUGUAAGCGCAACCAAAGCUCCUGCCGUGGUUCCUGUAGCUGCGGUUAAAUAAUAAAUUUGAUUUUUGUAAUAUCUAUUUUUUGCUUUCAUACAAAAUUUAAAACUUUGUGCAAAAUUAUUUUGAAGUAUUAUGGAUAAUAAAGUGUUUUGAAAUUUAUUAAAAUUAA